GAAAAGGGUGGAAUCCACUAGUCAGAUGAAGUGGAAUGUUAAAAAUAUGGGUCAAAAUGUGUCCAUAAGGAUGGAAUAUAAGGAAAGAGCUCAUUACCGUGAAGUAUAUGACACCGGUAAAUUAGAACCAUUUACACCUCUAAUAUCUAGGCUGUUCCGUACCACCAUCACAAUUUUGACUGUCUUAUGUAUGGGAGUUGUUUUAUUGAUUGUAACACUUUUGUUACUUCUACUUAGAUUGAAUUUAUCUAGAACAUGGUCCGGUUACUCUUCAUAUAGGCCGCCAGGAAUUUUCUUGGAGGUUUUCCCACAAGUUGCUGUGAAUUUUGUGGUUGCCAUUAUGAUUAUUGUUUUGCAACCAGUUUGUAUAAGUUUUUUAUUAAAUCGGUUUGCACUUUUUUGAAUUAAAAUUUAAACAUGCUAUAAUUAUGUCAUUUUUAAUUGUCAAAUUUGAAGCAAUGUUGCCAGAUGUAAAGGGAAAC